GGGGAGGGACGGGGGGGGGGGAAAGAAACUUGUUUCGAAUCGGCAAGAAAUGUGGCUGUCAGCGAUGUGCUGGAUCUGAUAAAGAUUUGUUUGUUGUUAUCGUGAACAGUGACGGGCAAAGUUUGACGGAAGGAAUUACAGUCGCCGCGCCCGCGCGGAGUGGAAGUGACGUUUCGUCGAGUGACAAUGACAUUUGAUCGGAUGGUGAUGCGUCGUUGAUUUUCGGAGUAAUCGGCCGAUUGCUGCGCGCCGGAAGUUUCGACGAGUGAUACCGGCUCGAUGACGUUCGUCGCGAUCGUAUUCUUGCUAGGCUUGCGAUAUCGAAGGAGAGCCGAGAGUGCGUGAAAUAACAGUGCGACGUCCGUCUCGUUGGUAAGCCGCGUAUAUAUAAGGUCGGCGAAUAGGUGUCGUUGCUCCGAUACGACUUAUCUAAUACGCGUGGCGAUAAGCCGCGUGCGAUUAAUCGCAAUUAAUCCCGGUCAACCCGGGCGCGUUUCUCUCCUCACGUUCCUCCUCCUCGUUUCGCGCGCGAAUGAAGAGAGACGCGAAACGAUGAGUAGAUCGAAGCAGCGAUCGAGUCGUUGAUCCCGUCGUUAAAUCCUCCAAGUGUUCAUCGGCGAAUCGAAACUCGCUUGUCAUUCUUGACGCGCGGGAUCGCGCGUCGAUUGAAUUAAGGAGUAAAAAAAAAAAAAAAUUGCGACGAUCAACAAGGACAGACAAUAUUACACGCGUCAGUGGAAAGAAAAUCCCGGCCGGCGCUUUUCUCUUUGUCUCGACGAGCCAACAAGUCGACGACGGCCAUCGGCAGCUGUUACUUAAACGAGAUCCCGUGCGCCGAGUUUCGGAGCCGAAGCCGAAAAACUCGCGGCGCUUUCGACAAAAUUCAGCCUGUCGAUUUGUAAACGCAAUUGCCGAAGACAAGCGAGAUACGCGCGCGCGAGGACGAUAUGACGAACGACGUAAAUUGAUAGUUGAGAGGAAGCAGCUCGGAAAAGAAGCUAAUGAUGAUGAUGCCGCCGCCGCAGGUCGUGGGUGUUCUGUUGAAGAAACCGGGACAGCAAACGCAUCCGCGAUUACCGCCCUUGGAUCCACAGGAGACUAAAAUCAAAGGCGAGCUGUACGUGGAAGAUCUGAAUGAAAGGAGGACGGUUUCUAUCAGGAUGGGCUGGCUGUGGGUUGAAGGUACCCCGAUGAGAUUACCCUUAAGAGCGUUGAAUCUCCGUCAAGCAUCGCCCAGCCUCUGUCAACCGCAUACGUUUGCUCUCGGAUUUACCCUCAGCGAUUCGGAGGGCCGUUCUCUCGCCACAUUUUGGGCGGACACGGAACCGAUCUAUUGGUCCUGGGUGAGAGCGAUCGCGGCCGAAUUAGUUCGGCAGACGCCGUUCCGCGCACAACGAUGUUUAAACUUUCUGGAGAUACUGACUAUCUGCCCGAGAGGACCUAUUCCGUUGCCGGACAGCCCAACCGAAACUAGGAGACGAUCCCGCAGCGAAUUACGUUGCUGGCCGAGUGACUCGCCGAUAGAGAAGACGACGAUGAGCACGACGACAAUAGUCCUCGACGAGUCCAGGAGGAGAGCGAGGAGCGAGUUGCGCGGUUGGUCCAGCAGCAACUCGAGCGACGAGGACCUCCUGGGAGAAUUUCGUAGCAUACCCGCUGUGAUAAGCGCCAAGGACCAACCGGUCGUUAGAGCGUGGGGUUGCAGCGAGAGCAGUGAGGGUAGUGACGACAGUCUCCCUUGGGGUGGCGUAUGCCGGUCCAGCGUGGACUCGGUUGACGCUAGCAGCGUUCCCCUGCCGGAACCAGAAACGAGGGAGCAGAGGAUACAGAGGUAUAAAGAGGCACGCAGACGCGAGAAUGAGGCGAGGAGUCGGCGAGUUCUCGAAGAGGACGCGAGGCGACGUAGAGCGAGGGCCGAGGAGAACAACAACAACCUGCCCAAAAUCUUUGGUAGAUCGAGGAGCAGGAUUGUCGUCGACUCCGCCAACGACAACGACGACCUACGUCCGAUACGCUCGUCCAAGAAGGAGAUCCUUGCGUCCAUCGACAAGGCACCAACGCAAAAUGAAAAUUUGAUCGUCGACCGAUUGCCUCCGAUCAAGUCGAACGAAUCGUCCACAGUGAGGUUCUCUACCGAGGAAACUCAUCGGAACGAGGCGGACAAGCGAAACAACAACAACAGCCCGAAGAACGGAAACGGCAAUCCCGGUAUACUCAGGUCGGACUUGAACGAGAGGAGAAGCCGCGCGCGCGAGAGAAGGAUCUUUCGCGAAAAGGCGCAACAACAAUCGAUGACUGGCGUCACCAUCGCGAGCGUGGAGACUCUUCGAGAACGCAAGGAGCGUCUGGCUCUUCUGUCUUCCAAGAUCCCCGUAUCUCGUCAAUUGUCGCAAUUUUACUCGAGGUCCGCUGAUUGCCCGGCGAUUCCAACCUCCCCGAAAUCACCGGACUCCCCAUCGGCUCUGAAGCCAUCCUGCGAGGAGGACGUCGCCAAACUCCUGGAACGAUGUCAAAGGGUGGACCACUACGUGCCGGUGCGGGAGAAGCUCACCUUAUUCGAGUCUCUCUCAAGAUUAGGCGGUCGCCUGGCCAGAAGCACAGAGGAUCUUGGCCGAACAUCUUCGAAACCCAGUCCCAGGGGCAAACAACGUGCAAGAUCGCUUCACGAUCUCAAUCGGGGCGCCAGGGCCGUGCCUGUGAGAGAGAUGUGCCGGUUCUUCGAGGGCGAUCUUUUAGAGCAGGACAGCUGUCAGAAGGCGAUGAUCCUCGCUAAAACAAGAUUCAGCGAUCCACCCUCGAAGAGCACCACGUGGAAGGACACGAGUUCGAAGCACGAGGCGUCCUGCAUCAGCGCCUCCGCGAGGAAGAAGCAUUACUUAAAGUGAUUGCGACUGAUGAAUAGCUCUUUCAGAUACUCGAUUAGGCACUCGGGAAUGAAAAAUUACGGCAGUCUCUCAGCAACUAUCAUCUUUUUCCCCGCGUGAACUCUCAUGAAACACGCAAAUCUCUCUGCAACUGCGGCGUGAAACGAGAAAAUACUUGCCGAUCGAGCGAUUUACCGGUAAUCUUUCCUAAACGCCAUUUCCUCAAAACACAGACGCGUCUUAAGCUCUUACUCGUCGUGACUGGCUGAAAAAUUUCUUUUCUACCGCGUCAAGGUAAGAAGAAUCUCUCGAGAAUUUCACACAGCCACACGAUGACAAUCGGUUUCUCGCGAUGGCGCUCGCAGGAUUCCCGGUACGCGAAACUAACUCGAUUGAAUCGCGCUUAUCAUGUCCUCGCAGAUUAGAAUCGGCACCGUCGAAUCGUGUCGCGACGAUUAUCACACUUGCGCCGAGAGAAAGUCGCCGAGCGCGCGCGAGAGCCUUUUUUUCCACGCUCGAGGCCCCGGAUUGUGCUCGAUUCUCUCGAUUAUAUGGGUUGUCGCGAUUUCAAUGAAGGAAGGGAAAGAGGUAUCGGUUAUACGCUGCGCUGUCUUACGAAAGUGAGAAUAGAUGAGAUCGGGCGUGAAUCCUGGAUGGCGAGGGGGAGAGGGAAAGGGGUAACCGCGCCGUAUAAAUAUUUUCCCAUCUUGAAAUUAGACUUCGUUGCCUCUAUUCAUCACCCAGACAAUCCCGUUUGUCUGUAUUUCGAAAUACAAAGUAUGGCAUGUUACAUCUAUCGCACGAUCGUGUGUAUCAGUGAGAUUGAGCGUGGCCGAUCGUGACAUGAAGGAAAUGGGGGGGAAAAGAGAGAGAGAGAGAGAGAGAGAGAGAGAGAGAGAGAGAGAGAGGAUGGGAGAGAGAGAAGGGGAAUUGGAGAAACCGGUAAUUUACGUUCACCGAGUGAUUGCCGUAACGUUGAACACCUGUAUGUAUACAAACUGUAUGCGAGCUGAUGGUCGAGCUGAUUUUUUUCGAUUAGCCUGAAUUCGAUCGUUCGGAUUUUAAUCAGGUAAUACACAACUCGAUCGUUAAAUAUCUAAAGAGAUAAACGAGCAUCGCGUGAAUGCUUGCAACGUUUUCUCGAUUACGAUAAUCACAAGUGAAAUUUGUAUAUAAUCAAUUAAUCUCAUUUUUGUACCUGAAAAAUUGUUCUACUUGACCUCUUUCUCUUAGGCUAUAUUAUAGUUUAAUUUUUGUUACAUUUGUUUCUCGUUGCGAUUGUAAAUAAGUGUCUAAUUAUUGAUUUAUAUACUAUAUAUAAAAAUAUAUAUACAUACAUACAUACAUAUAUAUAUAUAUAUAUAUAUAUAUAUAUAUAUAUAUAUUUAUCUAUGAAAAAAAAACAUAUAGUCUUUGUUGAGUGUGUUGAUGUAUAUUUGCCAUUAGAGUGGCAAUCGCCCUUCAUUGGAUCUCUCGAAUUUCCGUUUCGAGGGCCGGAGUACAGACUAGGGGCGACUUCCGCUUAUUUCGAAUCAGAAUGAUAAUUUCCGCUCGUACGAUAUUCCCCUCGCUCUCUCAUUCCUCCUCGUAACUGAUAACAGAGAGACAAGGUGUAUAAGAAUUUAAGUACAUACAUUCUAAUUCUAUAUAAAAUGGGGAAACGAAAUAUUCAAUUGUUUUGACAGGGAAAUCAAUACAAGAUGUAAAGAAAAAAGAUAUGUUCGAUAUAAAAAAGACUUAUUAAGAGAAAAAAUUUAUAUCAGUCCAACUUUUUUAAAUAUUGAAAAAUACUGAAAAAUGUAUUGAAGGAAUACUCCCUAUAACAUGUUUAUCAUUAUACAUUUUGAUAAUUACGUCAGGCUCAUUGAAAAUCGCGAAAGAACUUGGUGAGCAGCCGAGAGAGAGAGAGAGAGAGAGAGAGAGAGAGAGAGAGAGAGAGAGAGAGACCUGAAAAAUAAUUUUGUACAGUUAAUUGCAUCUCCGUCUCUCGAGUGACGUUUCACGCUCGAAGAGGAUCGCCACUUAUUUUUGUAUCUCGUUUGUUGUAUAAUAUAUGAUCUGCGAUUUUCUUGCAUAUGUUAUUUGUAUAGAAUUGUGAGCGUAAUAUAGCAAAGUAAAGAGGAUUAUAUAUUGUAAAAAAGUGUCGUGAAAGAUGAUCAAUUGAGACGGAGCGAUCGAGGAUCAACAAUAAUCUCUUCAUUAAUUAUUCUCAUUUAAGGCAAUUUUGAAGUCUUAUGUGGGCGCAAACUUAAUUUUGUCUACUAUCUUUAUGUAAUUUCUUAAGGGAGCAUACCCGUUUGGACCUUCGAAAAAUGAGUACAUUUUCUAGAUUUUUUGCAGGGCAAAGAUUUGAUAAAAAUAAUUAGAUAAAAAUAAAUUUUUUUUUAUAAUAUUAAUACAAUUAUUAAGUGCUUAAAUAAAAAUUUUCAGAUGAAAAAAAUUUUUUUUUAAGGAUUAUGAGAAUAUUUGCAGAUUUAUAUUUUCAUGUACAGUGUGUUUCUUAUUUAAGUACUUAACAAUAUUGCAUUAAUAUUGUAAAAAAAUAAAAACUUUUUAUCAAGUUGUUGCGUUACAAAAAAAUCUAGAAAAUGUAUUAAUUUUUUGAAAACUCAAACAUGUAUGACCCUUUAACAUGUCAAUGACUGGAUAAAAUAUUGAUUUGUAAUAAAACGAAUUAUAUCUCUCGUUCCGUUAUAUAAAAAUUAAUUCAUAUUAAAUCUUGGUACGCGAUAACAAAUGCUGCAAUUACGUAAUGAUAUAUUAUAUAAAUUUGAUCUAAUUUUAACUAAAAUUUUAACUUUUCUUCCAUCAUGUCUCUUCAAAAGGACUUCAAAAUAUUGUUAGUACCCGAUCGCAAAGUCGCCUGCAGUCGACGACCGUCUACAGGGUGAUUCAAAUGACACCGUCGUUGUAUAUUUCUGGCUAGAUUCGAACGGUGUCAUUUAUAACGUUGCCACCCGGUACGAAGGGUUGAUCGCCAAAGAGGUCUUCUAGUCCCUCGUCGGAUAAUUCCGAAAAGUUCGCAUCCCCGCUGCGUAUCUAUCCCUCUGAUGUACUACGAUUUCUAUCGCCCCCGCCCACCUACUGAAUAAUUGUCAAACGGCACGUAUAUCGCCGUUCGCGGCGAAAGCCGUGCGUCUUUGUAUCUACCUUUGUUGUAAUAAAAAGGGACGAAUAAUGGCCGUUAUAUAAAAGCAAA